AUGGAAUAUACUGCAUUCACUGAUACAGCAUCUGUUUGUGAUUUAAAUACUACAAUUAAUUUAAUAGAACACAAUCAACCUGAUCGAAGUGCUAUUAAUUAUUUAUGUCGUUUAUGUAAAAAUAGAUUAUUUCGAAAACAACAAACUGAUCAUAUUACACCAGUUGAAUGUCUUGGUCAUCGAUGUGAAUCCUUAGAAAAUGAUAUUAUUCAACUGAAAGAUCAUGAUAUCAAAUCACGUUUACAAAUGAAAGAACUUGAAAAUAAAAUAAGUGCAUUAGAAGAUGUUAUCAAAGGAUUAACAACACCAAAAGACGAACAAGCUGCUCCAUUUAAUUUUGGUCCUGGACCUCGACGUCGUCAUUAUCUCAGAAGAUCUACUACAGAAGAAGUACCAGUUCAGAAAGGAAAUAUCACCUAUGAUAAUAUUAUACGUAGACCAAGAUCAAUUAGUCGAGAACGUGUCGGACUCUUCGGAAGUCUUGGUGCAGCAUCACAAUAUUAA